GCCAUAGACGUGCUUUCCACUUCUUGCCCGUGUUAUAUAUAUCCGAUGAUUCUAAUCCAGCCCUAAGCAUCUCACCUCUUACUUUUUCCUUCACCAUAUUUAAUAUAUUACCUUAGAUUUCUACGUUUCUCAUGUCUCCUCCAGCGUUGAUUGUGUUGGAAGAUGGUCUAACCAACAAAUGGAGCAAUGACGAGUGGCAGCGUCUCAGCGUUUUUCCCGGAGAAAGCCCUAACCCUACUUUCAAUGUCUUGGUGAAGAACCAGCUUUCACCGGUUCUCUCCCGGCCGUCUCCGAAAGAUGAAAGCUUCAGAAUGGUCUUACCACUGGUGAUGUCGCCGCCAAGAGAUAAGGCCGUGCCGCUUCCUGUUCUUACCGAGCCGAUGAUGAAGCCACGGAAGAAGCUUGGCCACCAAGAAUCCAUGCUUUCUGUUGGAAAAGCUAGGUAUCCCGUGAAAAACUUCAUCUGUGACGCAAGAGAAGAAGAUUUCAAGUGCAGUGCCUUCUGUUUAUCCCUCCCUGGUUUUGGGAAGCAAAAACAUGUGAGGUCACCGAAAAGCAGCGAUAUUUCUUCUGUAAACAAGAAGAAGAUGACCAAAGCGUCAUCCUUUUCAAACUCCACCGUCUCCUUAGAUGCCUCGUUCGAGAAUUUCGAGUGUGGCUCAUGGCGGGCUUCAACAACGGGUCUGGCCCGAGAAAACAACCGGUUGUACUUUGAUUUGCCGGUGGAGAUGAUCAAAUGCAGCCGUGGAAGCGGCAGAGAUGUGCAAGAACCGGUGAGUUUGGGUUCCUUAUUCCACAAGGAAACAGAAAGUUUACCUUUGAGAAGUGUUCUAAAGACUUCUCGGUCGGAAAGACAACAAAGGAGUUCGGCUGAGACGUCACCGCAUCGCCGUGUCAGAUUUUCUACCACGACCUCGGUUUCAUGCCCGACUUCACCGCGGUCGUGUAUCACCCCACGCUUGCUUAAAGCUAGAGAUGACUUCAACAUGUUCUUAGCAGCACAGAACGCGUGAAAAAAACUUAAAAAAUGUAGCACUACAAGUCUACAAUAAGAAUUUACAAUUAUAUAUAUUAAAAAAAAAUCACAAUAGUAUAUGUGCGUAUCUUCGGAUGACCGGUAUGUAUAUAUCAAUGAAGAGUGAGUAUUGUGUUCUAUGAUCCCUCGACAUGUUUCACCUUUAGCUUUGUUUUU